AAAACACAGUCUUUGUGUGCCAAUUAUCAUCGAAUUAAAUAAAAUUUAGCGAUGCCUUUACCUUUAAUGUUAGUAAACAUGGACACAGUGAAAGUGGAGGAACAUUCGGAGCUGUUGGCGUGUCGGAUUUGUCUGGCUUGGGACGUGAAAUUAUAUCACAUUCGCGAGUCUGGCUUAGAUCAAAUGUUCUCGGAACUUAUGCGAAUUUCGGUAACGGCAUCAGAUGGUCUACCUCAGCACUUAUGCAGCUGGUGUCGCACACUCCUGCUAAAAGCAGUGAGGCUGCGAGCUUGCUCGAGAAGAUCGGACAGCUUACUCCGACAAGCGCUCACACAUCAACAAAUAAUAACAAACGAAUACAUCCGCACUAUAGACCGUUCUAUACACAAACUGACACGCACACUCUCGCAAAAUUUAAAAACUGACGUUCAGUAUUACUCUGAACAAGACAAAAGUCUGGAAAAUGUAAAUGCCCAUACAGAUAUUGAUAUUGUUAAAGAUGAAAUCGAACCUAAUGAAAAUGAUUUGAACAAUAAACUUGAUAAGGUAGAAACAGAUAUAUUACAGAUCGAUAUAAUGGAAAGUGACAUUAAAGCGUUUGAUAUAAAUUGCGACGGUAUAGCAGACAGUGAUGAUUCCGAUGAAGAUUCUAAAAUAAAUCUUCGAGAAUAUAAAUAUAAAAUGGAAAAUCUUGAGUCAAAACUUGCAUUAGUCUCUAAAAUAGGAACUAGCCAAAGUAAGGAAGAAAAAUAA